AUGGCGACCAACAUGGAAGUGAAGACAAGUCCUGCACAACGAAACGACAUUAGCGUGAAACAAAGCGCUGGGCAAAUACUUUGGACUUCACCCAAUAUGCCGAACGAAGUUAGUUCUGGAUCGGUGGAAGAUGAGUGUAAAAAGGCCGGUAUUAAUAUAGAACACAUACAGAAACUGAGGCAGUGGCUUGACACCCAACCCCAUCUACCGUCGGAAUUCAUAACAGAUUUGGAGAUAAUUCUUGCGUAUCACUCGUGCAACCGGAACUCCGAGGUGACGAAACAAGUCCUUGAUCUUCAAUUCACUUUAAGAACACUUUUCACAACAUUCUUUAAGGACAGACGAGUCGAUGAUGCACGGGUUUUAAAAGCAUUGGAUGUUACAUUAUCUCUCCCUCUUGAGAUGCGUGCAUAUGACAACUCUGCUGUAUCUUACCAUCGCCUGAUUGAUUACGACGCCAAGAAAUUUGUUUUGGCGGACGUUCUUAGAGCGUUGGUAAUGAUCACAGAUUUGUGGCAACAUUGCUCAGGCACUUGGCCCAGCUACAUCAUAAUAAUCGAUCUUGAGGGCAUAACCCUAUCACAUCUUGCCAAGCUGGAUGUAAUACUCGUUCAGCAGUACCUCUACUAUUUACAGGAAGCGAUGUUCGUGAAGCUGAAACAACUGCAUUUCUUGAAUGCACCAUCGUUUAUGGACAAGUUGCUGAUGAUCAUCAAGCCAUUCUUGAAGAGGGAGUUACUAGACUCUUUAAUUAUUCAUCGAGUUGGAUCCCGAACUAUUGAGCAGUAUCUACCGUUAGAAGCUUUACCGAAAGAAUCUGGUGGACAUUUCAAGACGUACAAAGAAGCUAGAGAGGAUACUAUCGCGAACUUGAGAGCAAAUGAGGAAUUCUUCGCGAUGGAGAGCAAGAAGCGAGUCGUGGAAUCUUUGAGACCGGGAAAGCCAAAAUGCAUCACCGACUUCUUCGGCGGGAUCGAAGGCUCCUUCAAGAAACUCGACAUAGAC